UCAAGAAAAAGAGUGGUAAUGUUAAACAUUGUCGGAGGAUUUGGUAUAAAUUAGCCGGCUCGAUUCGGUUAAGGCACAGUCGUUGAAUUGUUCUGCAUUCAGUAACAACUACUCUCAUUUACAAAAAAUGGCAUUCAAGUUUUUGACCUUCUGCGCUCUUGUAGCCGUUGCACGUGGAGGACUUCUUGCCCAAGCACCUCUUGCAUACGCACCAGUUGCUAAAGUUGCUGUAGCUGCACCAGCUCUAGCUAAAGUCGCCGUCGCCGAAGAGUACGAUCCAAACCCACAAUACUCUUUCUCCUAUGACAUCCAAGACGGUUUGACCGGUGACUCGAAAAGCCAACACGAAACACGAAGCGGUGAUGUUGUCAGCGGAUCAUACUCUCUCGUCGAUCCAGAUGGUCACAAGAGAACCGUUGAAUACACCGCAGACCCACACAACGGAUUCAACGCAGUUGUUCACCGUGAACCAUUGGGCGCAAAAAUCGUAGCUGCUCCAGUUGUUGCUAAAGUUGCUGCUCCAGUCCACUAUGCUGCUCCAGUCGUUGCUAAAGUCGCUGCUCCAGUUGCCCACUACGCUGCUGCUCCAGUUGCCCACUAUGCCGCUGCUCCAGUUGCUCACUAUGCUGCUGCUCCAGUUGCUCACUAUGCUGCUGCUCCAGUUGCUCAAUACGCUGCUGCACCAGUUGCCCACUAUGCUGCCUCACCAGCAGUUGCUCACUAUGCAGCUCCAGUCGCAGCUUACCACCACUAAUGUCUUCAAACUGAAUUGUAUAUCAACAACCACUGCCAUUUGU